GUUUUCCACGCUUAGAAACAGGGAAGUACCCAGUACCGUCUCUGUGUGGUUGUAUUGGUUGUCAAUAGAAGUGUGUACAAUUCUUUGGAUGUAAAUUAUUUUUGUCUUUUAUGGAGUUUUAAUUUUCUAUGAAACUAUCUGAACCGUACAAAUGAAAGAAAAUAAAGAGAACUCCACAUCUAAUGCACUCUUGUCAACUUUUGACCUCACAAAGCCCUGUUGGUAUUGGGACAAGAAGGACCUUGCACACACUCCUUCUCAGCUAGAGAACCUUGAUCCUGCUACAGAAGCAAGAUAUCGCCGUGAAGGUGCCAGGUUCAUUUUUGAUGCGGGAACUCGUCUAGGACUACAUUAUGAUACCUUGGCUACAGGAAUUACUUACUUUCAUCGAUUCUAUAUGUUCCAUUCUUUCAAACAGUUUCCAAGAUAUGUCACUGGAGCCUGUUGCUUGUUUCUUGCUGGCAAAGUGGAAGAGACACCAAAGAAAUGUAAAGAUAUCAUUAAGACGGCCCGGAGUCUGCUGAAUGAUGUUCAGUUUUCACAGUUUGGAGAUGACCCAAAGGAAGAAGUUAUGGUGUUGGAGAGGAUAUUAUUGCAGACAAUCAAGUUUGACUUGCAGGUGGAACAUCCAUAUCAGUAUCUUCUGAAGUAUGCCAAACAGCUCAAAGGUGAUAAGAAUAAAAUCCAGAAAUUGGUACAAAUGGCAUGGACAUUUGUAAAUGAUAGUCUUUGCACAACGUUGUCCCUGCAGUGGGAACCAGAGAUUGUAGCUGUUGCAGUGAUGUACCUAGCAGGUCGUUUAUGCAAAUUUGAGAUCCAGGAAUGGACAUCCAAGCCUCUGUACAAGAGAUGGUGGGAGCAGUUUGUUCAUGAUGUACCUGUUGAACUACUUGAGGACAUCUGCCAUCAAAUACUAGACCUGUACUCACAAGGGAAACAGCAAAUGCCUCAGCCAUCAUCAUCAUCAUCUUCAUCGUCCUCAUCCUCAUCUCUGUCAUCACAGCAGAUCCAGUCUGCACAACAGUCACAGCAAGCAUCAUCACAACAACCGCAGCAGACAUCACAAAGCUCAGAUCAGCCACAGGCUAAAGAGACCCCACAGCAACAGCAGCAACAGCAGCAACCGCAGCAACAGGAGUCCUCGUCAUCUCUGCAGCAGCCAGCAGCACCAGUACAAUCCAAGAAGCCUUCUCCCCAGUCAAGUCCUCCUCGCUCAGCUAAACGGCCUGCAGUUGUUUCUCCAAAAGAAGAAGUCAAGAGUGCAGAUCAAAUGCAACCAUGUAAAAUACCAAAGCAUGAAACGUCACUUCUGCCCAUUCAAAGUACCCUUUCUCUACCCGAUCGUAAGGCAGCUGCACCAGCAGUAAGUUUAGGAGAUGGAGAGCAAGUUGUUGCAGGUGAUUCGGACUUGACUAAGGCUACAGUUCCGUCUUUAAGUCACUCUGCUCCUGUACAUCAACCAAUAUCUCUGCAUCAUCGACCACCUCCUCCACCUCCUUCUAAUUACAUUACAGGAGUGUCAACUACCAGCUCCUACAUGUCUGGUGAGGGGUAUCAGAAUCUGGAGUCCUUGAUGAAGUCAGAAGCCCCUUCAUAUGGAUCCUUGCCACCAGCGUAUGGACCACCUAGCCACAUUCCUUAUCCUCAUGUUUAUCCUCCAAAUCCUCCACCACCUGUGCCACCUCCACCACCUGCCAAUUUCCCCCCACCUAGUAUUCCUCCCCCCAAUCCAGGGUAUCCACCUCCUCCUACAUACAAUCCCAACUUUCCACCUCCUAGAAUGCCCCCUAACCAUACAGUGCCUCCUCCAGGGUUGGGGUUACCACCGACUAACUAUCCCCCACCUUCUGUGCCAAGUAGUGGGCAACCACAAGUGCCACCCCCAUUAUCUUUGCCUGGUAUGCCACCAGUGGGAGGACUUUCCCGUGGAGGGUGGCUGAGAUAAAUUAAACAUGCUACCCAUCUUGUUGUUAACAAAAAAAAAAAAAAAAACUGUCAUUUUGAUAUAAAACUUUGGAACAGAAAUUUUCUGUAUUAGGAGAAUGUUGAUUUGGGAAAACUAAAAAUGAGUUAAUUUGGUAUUGUUAAGCUACUCAGCCAAAAGAGCUUAAUGUUGCAGUACAGCAGAAGCAAAAGUUGGACACUUGAAAAAAAAAUUCCAUUGAAUUGGACCAGCAUGUAUCCCACUCUGAAGUAUCUGGAUCUUUUUUUUAUUAUUAUAGUGUUGAAAACCUAUUACAGUUGUAAGCAGAUAGUAUUUACCGUAUGCACUAUGUGGAUUUUGGAGAAUAAAAAUAUUAUAUUGUUUAUUGUUCAAACAAGAAGAGCCACAUAAGCUUCUGUUAACUUGAAGGGGUUUUUUUUGCAGUAUUUGUCAGAUGUAAACUUUGUUAGGAAGAAAAUGUUUUAAUUCCUGGAAUGUGUACUGAACCCAUUGUUUAUUGUAAUUAUCAGUUAGAUUGUAAACAUCUUUGCGGGUACCAUUUUGUCUUUUUUUCUUUUGUGAUUUCUACAAUGUAAUUAUCUUGUUUUCAUGUGCUUUACCUAACUUGGUCCUUUUUAUUGUACUAUUAAGAAAUUUCCCAUUUUUUUCAUUGUGUAGUGUUGUUUCUUCAAAUUCUUCUUCGACCCUUUGAAUGAACCUUAAGCAGAUCACCCUGUAGAGUUCUAAUGUGUCACGUAAUUGCAUUAAAAGAACUCCACAUAGGUAAAAGUC